UUGCAGUUUAACAAUGUGCAUUUCCAGGUCUACAUCGGUGCGGUGAACGAGCUUGCAGUACUUUCCGACAGCGAACUCCUGCCACUCCAUUCAGUUUCUACGGGUCCAGUUCGAGAUUCUCCACUGUGUAGUGUCGAUGGAAGCAGCUGCCUGAAAGAUGCGGUACUACGCGAUACUGACAACCACAACAAAGUCCUGCAAGUACUGCCCGAUGCGGUACUACAAUGCGGCUCUGUUAGGCAAGGAACCUGCUCGUUUCACUCACUUCGAAACUUGUCGCUGACCUCAUCUGGAGACGUCCCAGUGGCUGCCAUCUCUCCAACAGCUUCAUGUGUUUCUCUGAAGCUGUCAUCACAACUGCUAGCCAUUGCCGUCUCCCAUCGCGGCGGAUUCCCAUAUAGAGAUCAAUUUCAGCUGUUGCCUGCGUUGAGCUUCAGGGCUUUCUUGUAUGAAAUGCAGAGAAGCCUCGAAGGCGAAGCGGCUGUAUUUCUCCGGGCAGAACUGCGAUCGUCGUUUGCCGUCCGUUACAUUAAUAUAUUUCCACUACGAGCACUACGUUUUCAUUGCUGCCAUACAACCCCAGGAAACCAGACAGAGCAGAUCUGCGCCCAAGUUGCCAAACUGCUCCGAUUCUGCGACAAUGACACGCGGUAA